AUGUGGGUAAAAGGUCUAGACGCGCUAUGUAUAGCGCUACUGGCCACGAGUGCGCAGGCACUCUAUGAGGACCAGGCGGGACAGUACGACUGGUACAAGCCCAUGAUUGGACAUGCCACCACGGGGUGCUAUUCUACAAGCGCACAGUACAUGAUCCUGGGCACAGAUAGUAAUGUAUUGAGUGCCAUGAGUGCAGAUGGGGAGAUAGUAUGGAGACACGUGAUGCCGGUUGAGCAAGAGAUGGAUCUGAUAGUGUGUGACAAUGUGCGAGUGGCCACUGUGUCAGCCAACGGAUCAUAUAUCCGCAUGUGGUCUGCCAAGACGGGCGAGCUGAUUUGGGAGAGAUAUUCUGGUGCGAAGAAAGACGAGGGCCAGGUAGGGGUAGGAAGGAUGAAUGUGAAUGUUGAGUGA